CAACACAUCCCGCAACAUUCCCCCACGACCUCCAACACUCUCGAUCACCUCCUCAUCAUGGCGACGCUUCCCAAAGUCUAUUUCGAUGUUAACAUCGGUGGUACCGCCGCCGGUCGCAUCGUCAUGGAGCUUCGCAGCGAUGUCGUCCCCAAGACCGCCGAGAACUUCAGGGCCCUCUGCACUGGGGAGAAGGGCUUCGGCUUCAAGGACAGUUCAUUCCAUCGCGUGAUCCCAGGGUUCAUGCUGCAAGGCGGGGACUUCACCAACGGGGACGGGACCGGCGGCAAGUCGAUCUACGGGCACAAGUUCAACGACGAGAACUUCAAGCUCAGGCACACCGACAAGGGCAUCCUGUCCAUGGCGAACGCCGGCCCCAACACUAACGGCUCGCAGUUCUUCAUCUGCACCGACAAGACCUCCUGGCUCGACGGCAAGCACGUCGUCUUUGGCAAGGUCAUCGAGGGCAUCGACGUUGUCGAGGCCGUCGAGGGCGUCGGCUCGCCCAGCGGCAGGACUUCGAAAACCGUCUCCAUCGCAGACUGUGGCGUGCUCUAAGUCUACGUCUUCCAUGCAUUUAGCCUUGUAGACUGUCGGUUGGCGGUUCGAGCGCAUUUGCUAAGCUAGAGAAUAAACAGUCUUGUAGGGGUGUGGCCUGACAAGAAGGGCUUUACGAAGGCCUUUGUCUGGUCUUAGAAGUCCGUGCUUGUGGUGAGCAAGACUAGCAGUGCUUAGCGGUGUUUAGCGGUUCGUAGCGUUACCGUUCUCUGUGAGAGUCGCUGCUCCUUCACACGAGACGCCGAUAGGGUUGCUCUCGGCACAUGCGGAAUCAGGGAUUAAGGCAAAAACUUUCUCUUCCACGCAUGCCGGUGGAACGCAAUUCAUAAAUUACUCCAUUAUUACUUA